AUAAUUAAUAGCGAAAUUAAAAUUAUACUCCGCGUGUCGUCUUUGCGAUUCGAUAUUUCGCCCAAAAUUCUGACAUUCAAAAACCCUGCAACGAAAUUCCAACACCGGGAAAAAAAAUGUCGGUUAUCAACUGUGAAACCUUCUACGAAGACGAACCCACGCUGGAUGAAGUCAAACGUGAAAUUUCUAGUAUUGUGGGACUGCCGGAGAUCAAGAGGCAGUUGGAAUCAAUUGUGGAUAAAAUUACUGAUGCGGAGAAGGACGCCGCCGAUGGAAUUAGGGUUAUACCUCCAAAGCCCUUUCACAUGGUGUUCGUCGGCAGGAAUGGAACAGGCAAGUCCACAGUGGCUAGAAUAAUUGGCAAACUAUUUUACUUGGCCGGAGCUCUGGCUUCAUACACUGUGACUGAAAUGCAAGGAAAUCAAAAGAUGAAAGAUGCAGAGGGUGGCGUGCUGCUCGUGAACAUAGAUGAGGAAGAUCUCAUUAAUUCCGAUACACAGGAGGAGCUCAUAGCUGCGAUGGACGCAGGAGACUCAUCAGUUGUGUUAGCCGGGAAUUACAUUGCCUUGAACCAAUACAUGAAGUGCAACCUCAAUUUGUACAAAAGGUUCUCAGCGAGGCUUCAAUUCGACGACUUGACUUGCGAAGAUCUUGCCAUGAUUCUUGAGAGGAAGGCAAGCAUUAAAGAGGAGAAUGAUUUGUUAUGUGGCUUUGAGCUGGAUAGCUCUUGCAGCACCGACAGUAUCGCUCGGACGAUAGCUGAGCUUACGCCUCGAAACCUACGUAGCUUGCUGAAUGCACAUUUGCUGGAUCAGAUGCUGAUUGAGGCGAAGAAAGUGGCCAUGCCAGGAGAGAAAAUCAUAUCAUUGGGGGACCUGGCGAUGGGUAUACAGAAUGGGGCAGAUGUCUACAAGAAGUUGCUAAAUUUGUGAUAAUUAGGGAUUUUGUGAUUAUGAAGAAAUUGAUAAUUAGUUGUUGUCAUAUUACUUCGUAGUCAUUAGUUAUUAAUUACUUCACCAUUUGUAAGAUAACCCAACUUUUGAUGUGCUAAUGCCAGCCAUUUUAAUGGCAUUGGUAUUUCUUUUGUCCGACUAUUUCUUCA